AACAAGGAACCUGAGGGGAGUUCAGUCAUUUAUUCAAACUUUUUUGUACAUUUUUGCAUAAAGCUGUUCAUUGGAACUCUCAAUAUGCAAAUGGCCAAGACAACUAAAGUGGAUGACCACGGAAUUCUUUCCUUGUUGAAGAAAAAUCCCUUCACAACAUCUAGCCAAGUCAAGAACAGUCCGGCGGAGUGGCGCAUCAUUGUCAAAGUCUACAAUCAAGAGAAAGAAAAAAGUCUGACCAGUUCUGAUGCAAGAUUAACUUGUACCAUAAUGAUGGGAAGAGAAGAGUAUGGAGAAGGAAAAGAAGGGCUCAUGAUCCAAAGCAUACCAGAUCAUCUGUCAAACAUGGCGAAAGUAGUGUUAUGGCAUGGGGUUGUACGGCUGCCAAUGGAACUGGGUCACUGGUGUUUAUUGAUGAUGUGACUGCUGAUAGAACUGCUGAUAGAUAGCAGGAUGAAUUUUGAACAGGACGGACCUUCACAGUCGGAUGGAUAAUGACCCAAAACAUAUCGUGAAAGCAACCCAAAUUAACUGUUCUUAAACGCAAGAAGGCUUCAACCCCAUUUAGCUGCUUUUCAUUUACUGAAAUCAAAACUGAAGGCUUAAAGAUCCAUAAACAAGCAGCAACUGAAAGCAGCUGCAGUAAAGACCUGACAAAACAUCUCAAGGGAGGAAACAGCAUUUGGUAACAUCCAUGGGUUCCAGAUUUCAGGCCGUCAUUGACUGCAAAGGAUUUGCAUCCAAGUAUUAAAAAUAAAUAUUAAAAAUUAAAAAUAAAUAUGGACGCUGAGAACAAUGACACGGACUGGAUCCUUAACCACUGCACCAUCAAGGUGGACUGGACGUCUCGGCGUAUCGGUCUCUUCCUGCUCCACCUCUUCAUGUUCAUCGUGGGAUUGAUCAUGAAUUUGACUGUCGUCUGGGUAAACUGGCAGAGACGCCGCACACGUAACACCGUCAUAUUCUGCAUCCUCAACAUGGGCGUGGCCGAUACCAUGCUGAUGCUCUUCUUACCCAUCUCCAUGCUCGAAGUUGCUUUAGACCACGUUUGGGUUUGGGGUGAUUUCUUGUGUCGCUUUUCGAAUUUAUUCAUCAUACUUAACAUCCAUGCUAGCUCAUUUUUCUUAGCCUAUAUAUCUGUUGAGCGUUAUCUGUCACUGGUACAUGGAUCAGCACCAAAAACAACAGCCACAUCAGAAAAGCGCAAGAGGAACAUCAUUUCUGCGGCCCUCUGGAUUUUUGCUUUGUUUCUUGGCUCGUUAGAAACGGUACACGUUCGUGUUUUAGGACACAAUGAACCGGGAUGCUACUUGGUGCCUGAACAUGACUUAGAGAAGUGGUUCAGCUCUCUCGUUAUUAUCCACUUUUUGGCGCAAUAUUUAAUACCGGCUGUGAUUAUGGUGACUUUUAACAUGCUAACAGCCCGAGCAGUGAGAUCGUCUCCUGAAGUUCAGAUCCGGAACAUUGACGACAUUUGGUUCCUGCAUGUUUAUUCCACCGUUUUUAUCAUUUGCUGGCUUCCAUUUCAUCUAACCAUGGUCCUCAUCUUGGUGGACCUGACACAACCACAUUUAUUUACCUGCAACACAGUCGAGCAGCUCUUUUUCUCCUACACUGUCGUAAGAACAAUCGCGUUACUCCAGUGCUUGGCUAAUCCCAUCCUCUACAGUUUUCUAAGCAGGAGCUUCCGCAGCAAGCUUAUUAACCUCAUUUUGAGCCAUUUGCCACAGGACGUUGUUCCUAAUCAAGGAACAGAUCAACAUCCUAACCGAGUUGAAGGUAAAGGAAAUGGAGGGAAGGCAAACAAUACGGCUGAAAACAACACCAGCCAAUCAGAUGGAGGACCAUAAAAAAAUGGAUUGAUUCACAUUCAAAGUUUGAAAUGGAAAAUUCAGAAUUUUACACUAUGACCAUACACUAUGUUUAAUGAGUAUCAUUUACAGUUAUGUUAGAAAUACUAAUCAUAUGUACAGUUAAAUAUUGCAUUAUACAAUACAUUAUACAGUGAAAAGAUGUCUUAUGAUCAUUAAAGUGUGUUAUGUACAGAUACUGCUAAUAAUCUAGCAAACUUCAAUAUUAAAAUCAUGUCUUUACAUUUUAUACAUAUGGAAUUUUGUGAUAUAUGUAUGUAUAAAUAUCCCUAUACACAGAUAAUAUCAUCAUGUAAUGAAUCUACCAAACAAUAGGAUGCGCUGUUUUCAAAUUCAAAUGUCUAAACACACAGUUGUAAAUGGUUGUGAUGUAAUGUGAAAUGGUAGAUUAAACUCUUUAGGUAGACAAUCUUUAGAUAUGAAUCAUAGCUUGAGCAUCUCAACAUCAAACUCAUCAAUAAUAUAAUUUCCUGCAAUGAUUUUACAAGAAAAAAAAUAUCUGUUCAACAUUUUCCCCAGUGAUCAGAUUGAGUCAUACACAAUGUUUACAUGUAAACAUUUACUGAAAUUUAUUCAAUGGUAUGAUAACGGCUAUUUUAUAAUUCAAUGAUGCAAUUUGUAACCAAAAAUUAAAGCAAAUCUAACAACGAAACAUUAAAGUUUUCAAAACAGAACAUUAGCACCCUCAAAUAUUAAUUACUAAUUUAUUUUUACUAAUAAAUUUUUCUUUUGCUCUUAAUAUUUUCAA